AUGACUAGAGUACUUGCUUACUGCUUAAGAAUGAACCCUUAUAUUAAAAGGUCGAUAGGUCGUGGUGAUCACAAUACGUUAUCGGUCCCAGAAUUAGAUAAUGCGUUGAAGGUAAUUUUAAAAUUGGUUCAGUUAGAAACCUUCACGAAAGUAAUAAAAAAUCUGCAAGAUAGUAAACAUACUCCUAAUCUUAAAUUGAUGGCGGAAUUGAAAUCGCUUCAUCCUUUCUUAGAUAAGUCAGGUUUUUUGAGAGUGGGUGGUAGGAUAGAAAAUGCUGAUGUUUCUUAUGAACAAAAGCACCCAAUAAUUCUGCCCAAAAAACAUUAUGUUACAAGACUCUUAUUGAAACAAGAGCAUGAAAGGUUGAUGCAUGCGGGCACGCAAACGGUUUUAGCAAAUAUUCGUCGAAAAUAUUGGCCCUUGAACGCGCGAAGAGAGCUAAAAGCGAUAAUACACUCAUGUGUAAAAUGUGCAAAAAUUAAAGCUGUUACUGCCUCUCAAUUAAUGGGAAGUUUACCCAUUGAUAGAGUUAAAUUUCAACGCCCUUUUUUUAAUGUUGGGGUUGAUUACGCAGGACCGCUGACGAUAAGAUCGAGUCGAUUAAGGAAAGCACCAAGAAUUAAGGCUUAUAUUGUUUUGUUUGUUUGCAUGGUGACUAAAGCUGUUCAUUUAGAUAUUACAACUAGCCUCACAGCAGAAUCAUUUAUUUGUGUUUUAAAGAGAUUCGUUUCUCGUAGAGGUCUAUGUUCGGUAAUAAAUAGCGACAACGGAACGAAUUUUAUAGGCGCUAAUCAUGAGUUGCAAGAGCUACGGAAUCUUUUUAGUAAACAAUCCUUCAAGACAGAUAUAAUUAACCAAGCUGCGACAAUGGGCAUAACUUGGAAGUUUAUUCCUUCUCAUUCCCCACAUUUUGGUGGAUUGUGGGAAGGAAGUAUUAAAAUUAUGAAAUAUCACCUUCGAAGGAUAAUAGGCUCCUCCUGUUUAACUUAUGAGGAAUAUUUAACAGUACUAUUACAGGUGGAAGCAAUUCUUAAUUCACGUCCUCUUAUGGCAAUAACAGAUGAUGUUUCUAGUUUUCAGUACUUAUCGCCUAGUCAUUUUUUGAUUGGAGAUUUUUUAACUACAAUCCCAGAACCAAACGUAAAUUUUGAUAAAUUAAAUUCAUUAACGGUAUAUAAGCAAUUAACUGCCAUGCGAGAUAAAUUUUGGACUUUAUGGUCAAAGGAUUAUUUAUCUUAUUUGCAAAAACGAAAUAAAUGGUCAGAUAAUCAGCCAAAUUUGAAAUUAAACUCGAUAGUUUUGAUUAAGGAGGAUAACCUUCCCCCAUUAAGAUGGUGCUUGGCUAGAAUUGUUAAUUUAAAUUAUGGUCGUGAUGGUAAAGUUCGAGUGGCAGAAGUUAAAACCUCAAAUGGAACCUACACAAGACCUAUUCAUAAAUUAGUGCCUUUGCCAAUUAAUGAUUAA